CGGAGGAGGAGCGACGACAGUGCCGCCGCACCAGUGGUCAGUGGUCACCAGCGGGCGACAGACGGCCAAAGUGGUGUUUACCAAGGGACGCUGCGAUGCUGCUUUUUCUCCUGACGCUGACCCUGGCUCUGACUGCGGCAUCCGUGGCGCCGGCUGCUCAGUAUCCAACUCCUGGCACGGAUCACUACGGCGCCCAGGGCCCGGAGCAGCCGCCAUUUACGGACAUGGAGCGCCCUCGAACACCAGUUUACCGCGAGCCGCCGCCGCCGUCAUCGGUCUACAAAGAACCGGUGCCGCCGUCCAGGGGCGCAGAGACGCCAUCCCUAUAUGAAGACGUGUCUCGUGGAUCAUCGAUAGACGAGGACCUAGGAUCCCCGAUAUCGGAGCAUGACCACUUAGCUCUGCCGGCUGCCGAAUAUGGCGAGCCUGCGGCUCCGCUGGGUGAAUACGAUGGUAGCUGGCCGCCGCCGCCUGGCGAGCGACCCGCCGCUGGCGCUCUUCCGGAACAGGACACACACGUCGGCGAGGAGCCCGUGCCGCCCAGGGAGGAUACGGAGUCGUCGGGGGGUGACGCCCAUCCGCCAGAAAAUGGAGACAGUGAAGAUGAAAAAUGUGUGAUAUGCAGGAAAUCCGGCAACCUGAAUCAGAACAGCGCUGAAGAGGAAGAUUCGGUUCUCGUAUUUGAAGAUAUUCUGCCGGAGCCCCCCAAGCAAUACGAUCGGAUGGCACCUCCGAAAACAAAAGGCCAUCCGACUGUCGUCUAUUUCCACGUCACGGUGAUGACUUUGGACUCCAUCAACGAGGAGUCAAUGACGUACGCGGCGGACAUAUUUUUCGCCCAGAGCUGGAUGGAGCACCGCCUUCGGUUUCCGAGCAACAUGAGCUCCGACUAUCGGCUCCUGCCCGUCUCCUGGCUAAACAACAUCUGGCAGCCCGACUCCUACUUCAAGAACGCCAAGCAGGUCACUUUCCAGGAGAUGACGAUCCCGAAUCAUUACAUCUGGCUCCAUCACGACAAAACCAUCCUCUACAUGGUCAAGCUGACUCUGGUGUUGUCAUGCGCGAUGAACUUCAAGAGAUACCCUCACGACACUCAGAAAUGUGCGAUGAAGAUUGAGAGCAUUUCAUACACGACCGACGACCUGAUUUUCGUCUGGGACCCGAAGGUUCCCCUGGUCGUGGACCAUAUAGAGCUUCCACAGCUCGACCUGGUGAAGAACACCACUGGAGACUGCACCCAGCAGUACGCCACAGGAAACUUCACCUGCGUGCAGGUCGUCUUCACGUUCAAGCGGCGGCUGGGCUACUACCUCUUCCACACGUACAUCCCGACGUGUCUGAUCGUCAUCAUGUCUUGGAUCUCGUUCUGGGUGCGCCCGGAGGCUGUGCCGGCCCGUGUCACUCUCGGAGUGACCUCUCUACUCACCCUGACCACGCAGCACUCGAAUUCACAGAAGGCCCUGCCGCCCGUCUCCUAUAUCAAGGCGAUCGACAUUUUCAUGUCGUCGUGUCUGGUGUUCGUGUUUCUCUCUCUGAUCGAGUACGCCCUGGUGAACAUCAUCCUGGGCGACAUCGUCGACUCGGAGGAGGCCCUGGCCAAGCACGCAGGAGGAGUGCGCUCCUCCGUGUUCGCGCACACCAGCAAACUGCUCUACAAAAACGAGACCCGCGCCGGCCCGGUCCAGAUCAGCUCCUCCUGCCCGCGGCACGGCCACCUGGUGGAGGACAGCUCAGAGAAUGGUUCCGUCCGUCACCGCUGCGGCGCCACCGGCACCAAGUGCCCGGCCGCGGUGGCCGGCGCCGGGGCCGCGGCCGGAGGGAGCAGCGGCACCUCACCCGCAGGUGUGACGGUGACCAAGUCGUGUCAGCAGAAGGCGCGCUACAUGGAGCGCCGUGAGCGAGCGCUGUUCGUGGACAAGGUGUCGCGAGUGGUGUUCCCGACAUCGUUCCUGCUACUGAACGCCAUCUACUGGCUGGUUUAUACCAUCGAGUGGGAGGAUGUGAUCGAAGAGUACGCGUAAACUCUGACAUGGUGCAGAGAAUCGCUCGAAGGAUCAUACGAGGGGAUAUGUUGUAAACUGUGCUAAGGGAGUCGGAGAGUGCCGUGCCGAAAAUCGCCUGACUGGAGGAAAUUAGUGUGAAUGAUAUUGUAAUAUCCUUGGACGCUCAAUCCGCAUCGCGCACAUCAAUGAACAAAUGAAGCAGUGACUGACAGAAGUCAGUGCUUCAUCAACGGACUUCAGAUGGCUAUGUGCCGUCGGUCGCAGAUAACUCUUAUUGAUAACCGGUUAUUGGUAAUGUGCCACUUAUUAUUAGAGGAGUCUGAUUCACAAGAGUGAGCUAGUGAUUGAUAUGAUCUCAGUCAUCAUUGACAAGAAAUAGUGCACCUUCAGUGGCAGGCACAGUGUCAGUGCCCUGAAUGAAUCACUAUCGGAUGAUGAAUUGUGGCAAAGACAGUGGUGUCACAUACUGACAGUGAUUAGUGCGUGACCUACACCUGCUUUGCUUGUGACAACUGGUGUAUGUCAAGACAUUGAACCAAAGGCCCUGUAUGCUCGAACGGUGCCAGCUCGAUCUCGAAUGCUCACGCUGAGGCGUUUGGUGCUCCCGUGUUGUGCAUAUGCUCAUGAUGUUUUUUUGUUUGUUGUACCCCAAAAUAUUUUUGUAUAUAUGCACCUUAAUCGUUCAGAAUGGUGGCGAUAUGUGUGGUAGUGAAAUGGGCAUUGGUGUGCUCUGGCCUCUGGUAAUUUGUAAAAGACGCCACUUGAUGCAUGAACGUACAUAUCACGUACUCGUUUUUGUCUUUAGUUUUGUGUCAAAGUGUGAGCUGAUGUAUUUUGAGUUUUAGCAAUUUAUGUCAAAAAGCUACGUUCUUUACAUUUAAAUAAAAAAGGUGAGCAGCACACCUAUAGAUAAGAGACCAUGGCCUGUUUUGUAACCAAAGUCCUUUAUCUUUUUAACGAUCCUGUGUGCAUAGCGGCGAGGACAUUGACUAAUUUUAAAGUGCAAUACAAGAUAUAUGUAUGAUGAAAGUAACAUCGAAGUAAGUUUAUCGGAAUAUAGCUCAGAGGCGUCAUCCAA